GAUCCUCGCAGCGUCUGGCCCGCCGGCGGGCCCGCGGCCAGGGCUGGCACGCUCCAGCGCCCGGCCCGGCCUCGCCCCCCGCCUCCGCCCCGAAGGGGAGGGGAGGAGGGGCUGCUCGGCCAAGCGCGGGCUGAGCCGCCUCUAUAUAAACACCCGCCUGGACGGUCUUUCCCCGCAAACUGGCGCGGAGUGGAGCGACUCCUCCUCCCGGCGGCGGCGGCGGCGGCAGUAAGCAGCAGCAGCAGCGACGACUGCGGUGGUGGAGCGCCCCCCUUCCUGCCUUCGGUCCCCCCUCGCUCGCUCGCUCGCUCUCCCCCCGCCCCGGCAGAGGCGCUCAAGAGAGGCGCUCAAGUUGGACGGAGCGGUACCCCAGCCAGCUGCUGCCGGCGCAAAACGCUCCGCUCCAGAGUUUGCGGCGUUCUUUAAAAAGCAAAAAGACAGACAAAUCUUCUCUUGAGGGACGUGCGUGUGUGCAAAAGUCCUCCUCAGUUGUAUGCCCCUUGUGCUGCUUUCUUUCCCUUCUCCUCCCAGACACUCUCACCUUAUUUAUUUUUUUCUUUCUUUUGGGGGCAAACCAAAAAUCUCAUUAUUACGUGACUUCUGCUUUGUUUUUGUUUUGCGUGGAAAAAAAAUCUUAUUCCGUAGAUCUUGCUUUUUGCCUGUUCAGAAGAGAGAAUUUAAAACAGUCGCCUUUGGGAUUAGAGUUGCUUUGGGGGGAUUUUCUGCCCCCGCGCCGUCUUUUAUUUUUUGUUGUUGUUUGCAUUGCUUUCUAAGGUUUGGGGCGGGGGGCGCUUUUCGCUUUUCCAAGAAAACGAGGAGGACAAACUGCCAAGACUUUGACACUCGCUCCAGCUGUCCAGACCGCAUCCCACGUCGGUGGGUGGCUUUUUUCACGACCCCGCCGCAGCUCCAGCCUCCCUCGAAGCCCCCUCCCCAACUUUCAGCCCGCAGUGGGCGAGCACCGGGGGACGCCCCCCACCCGCCCGCCCGCAGGCCGCCCUCGCCACCGGCAGCAGCAAGAGGAAGAAGGAGGAAAAGGAGCCGCCGCCGCGCAAGAUGCUCUUCCAGAGCUUCGACCUGGUCUCGGCGCUGGCCACCUUCGUGGCCUGCCUGGUGUCGCUGACUCUGCUCCUGGCCGUCUCGCAGCAGCUCUGGCAGCUUCGCUGGGCCGCCACUCGCGACAAGAGCUGCAAACUGCCCAUCCCCAAGGGCUCCAUGGGCUUCCCGCUGGUCGGAGAGACCUUCCACUGGCUGCUGCAGGGUUCCUGUUUCCAGUCCUCUAGGAGAGAGAAAUAUGGGAAUGUCUUCAAGACCCACUUGCUGGGGCGCCCCUUGAUUCGGGUCACGGGAGCCGAGAACGUGCGCAAGAUCUUGAUGGGUGAGCACAGCUUGGUGAGCACAGAGUGGCCCCGAAGCACCCGGAUGCUGCUUGGCCCACACACGGUGGCCAACUCCAUCGGAGACAUCCACAGGCACAAGAGAAAGGUGUUCUCCAAGAUCUUCAGCCAUGAAGCCCUGGAGAGUUACCUUCCCAAGAUCCAGCUGGUGAUCCAAGACACACUGCGUGCCUGGAGCAGCAACCCAGAGCCCAUCAAUGUCUAUUACGAAGCACAGAAGCUCACCUUCCGCAUGGCCAUCAGGGUCCUGCUGGGGUUCCGGAUCCCAGACGAAGACCUCAGCCAGCUCUUUGAGGUCUACCAGCAAUUUGUGGAGAACGUCUUCUCUUUGCCUGUGGACCUGCCUUUUAGUGGCUACCGGAAGGGGAUUCGUGCUCGAGAGGUGUUGCAGAAGGGUCUAGAGAAAGCCAUCCGGGAAAAGCUGCAAAACACACAGGGCAAGGACUACUCUGACGCCCUGGACAUCCUCAUAGAAAGUGGCAAGGAGCACGGCAAGGAGCUGACCAUGCAAGAACUGAAGGACGGCACCCUUGAGUUGAUCUUUGCGGCCUAUGCGACCACAGCCAGUGCCAGCACCUCUCUGAUCAUGCAGCUCCUGAAGCAUCCGAGGGUCUUGGAGAAGCUCCGGGAAGAGCUGAGGAGCCAAGGGAUCCUCCACAACGGCUGCCUGUGUGAGGGCUCCCUCCAGCUGGACACCAUCUGCAGCCUCCGCUACCUGGACUGUGUCAUCAAGGAGGUGCUGCGGCUCUUCACCCCCAUCUCGGGGGGAUACAGGACGGUGCUGCAGACCUUUGAACUGGACGGCUUCCAGAUUCCCAAAGGCUGGAGUGUCAUGUACAGCAUCCGGGACACUCACGACACAGCUCCUGUCUUCAAGGAUGUGGACACGUUUGAUCCUGACCGCUUUGGACAGGACCGCACUGAAGACAAAGACGGCAGGUUCCAUUACCUCCCAUUUGGUGGAGGUGUACGGACCUGUCUUGGCAAACAUCUUGCCAAGCUGUUCCUCAAGGCACUAGCCAUUGAGCUGGCCAGCACCAGCCGCUUUGAGUUGGCCACCAGGACUUUCCCUCGGGUUACGCUGGUGCCUGUUGUUCACCCGGUCGACGGACUCAAGGUCAAAUUCUUUGGACUCGAUUCAAAUCAGAAUGAAAUCUUGACAGAAACAGAAGCCAUACUGAGUGCCACUGUGUGAGCUAAAUCUUUGGUUUGCUUCUCUAGGUUGGGGAGUUUGAGAGGGCCAGAAAGAAGGGAUGGAAAGGGGGGGGGAGGAAGCCCACCACUGAGGGAGAGAAGCCACCUCAUCAGCUGUUGUGGAACAACUUGGGGCAUUGGGGCAAAACCUUCUCUAGUGAAUAUAUAUGCCAAAACUAUGGUGGUGUUUUUAGUAUGAAGGGGGGGCAUACUGAGGAGAUCACUUGAUGGAUUUUGUUGUAUUUUUCUAAACACAAAGCAGAAGGUGGUUGUCUUGACCAUAAACCAUAUAUAAAUGUUUGUUUAUAGAUUAUAUGCAAGGAGGGAUUGAAAGCUGUUGGAGAAAGAACCUGCAGUGCACUUGCUUCUGAGUCCAGCUGUUCAGGCCUUUUUUUGGGGGGGGGAGCUGUCUGGCCAGAGGAUGAGCAAAGGCCCCUGGCAGAUGUUGCCAUCUGGGCAAGAGGGUUAAAUCUGUCAGUGGCGUGCCAGUGAUUGGGGGAUAGUUUUGCUUUCUUUAGAGAACUUGGCCAAGAGAAUCCCUGGUUUCAACCAGUAUUGUAUGGCUCAUGGUGGGGUAGGGAUUCCUCUCCAUGUUUCCAUCACAACAGCUUGGCUGUGUGUCCUGCAGGCACCAGGGUGUCCUGUGGAAGCAAGGUUGACUUUGGAACUGUUACACCUUUAGUUUUGAUGUCCAUGGGCCAUUUCCAGUGUUAACCUUUACCUUCUUGCAUGUUUAAAACACUUGUGGGGGAGUUGUCAGAGAAUGGCAGAGGGAGGUGUAUGUGUGUAUGUGUGUGUGGUGUCAAGAGGCUAAGGCAUGAGUAUGGAUCCAUGUUUUGUGAACCUCCUGUGUCUUUCUCUGGAGCUCACCCAACUGAUACUUUUGUCUCAUCCUACUGACCUCCAUUUCUUGGGUGGAUUGGUGGCUGCUUCCCUCUACCAGCUUGGGCAGGGAGCUGUAAUGGUGGAGAACAGGCCCUUGGCUUCUUGGAGGAGUCUUCUGGUGCCUAGAAAGCAAGGAAGCUGUUUCUUCUCCUACCCCCAAAUUGGCAGCCGAAUCCAGCCUCAGCCUCAGAUCGCCUCCUCGCCCCAGCCAUGAUGACGGUCAGCGUCACUAGAGAGAACUGGGGUCACAAAUCAAUAAGUUCUCUGGAACAACCAACUGCUGCUAUGCUGCCUGUAUUGAAAUCCCCUGUGGCUGCAUCCUGCCAUACCCAUUCUAAGGCAGACCUUGGUUUCUCAGGCCAUGGGCUUCUAUCUUGUCAGUAGUGGUAGCCCAAGGCUCACCCAUUCUCCAUCAGCAUGGAUUCACGUACCUGAAGUUGCUCUUUUGCACAUCAUGGUUCAAGAAUGAGUUAACCCAUUAAUAGGGCAACAGCUGCUGGUGUUGUAUUCUCCUAGAACAGAUGAGACACUGGACACCAUUCAGCAGAAGGCUGGGUGAGGAGACCCACUGAAGUGAGUGUGGGCUGCAUGAGAAUAGCAUUCUUGCAUGUUUCCCAUGGAAUGUGGGGCUGGCACAGGAGACUUUCUAUUUCUAUCGUACUCAGUAUUUCUUUGACUUCUGUCACAGGCAACACUUUAGACACAAUCUUAUGCACACUUACCUGGGAGUAAGCCCCAGAAAACACAGCAGGACUUCAUCUGAGUAAAUGUGUAGAGGUGGGCAAUCAGUUCAGCAUCUCUGUUUUGUGCUUCUGUGCAAUAUCCUGUUCAAACACUUCACAUUUUGGGGCUCUCAGAAAUGCCAUGCCACCCUUAAUGAGUGAAGGAGAAGCUAUGCCCUCCAGGAAGAGCCCCCACAUCCAUAGCUGCUCUAUGGCAAAAUGUGACAACCAGCCUCAUUAAGACUUGUGCCGUUCUCAAGAGGAGCAAACAGGCAACAGUCACCUAUCGAAGGCAGGGCUGCUCAACUUCAGACCUCCUGCAGAUGUUGGCCUACAGUUCCCACAAUUCCUGGCUAUUGAGUGCUGUGGCUGGGGAUUGUGGGAGCUGUAGUACAAAAACAGCCAGAGGGCCAAAGUUCAGCCAUAAUUUGAAUUCAAAUGGCAGCUGUCUAACAAGAUGUUAGAACAGCAAUAAGGACCAACUAGUUGUUUAGAAGUGUGGCAAACCUUCUAACCCCAGAGCGCCCUCAUCAGUCGGAGCAAUCCAGAACACGUCAUGUCUUAACAAUGGACCUCUGAACGAAGGAGAAACAGGGUAAAUAGGUGCUGGGGAAGGCAGGGCCCGGGGGGUUGGGGGAAUCCACCUGAACUGCUCUCUCGUUAGCUGAUGUUGGCCAAAAGACUUAAACUGUGCCCAACUGGCAAGUGGUCUUGUCCACCUGAAAUGCCAAAGCAUCAGCUGCCAUCUUGUACACAGCCUUAAUUUGUGUAAGCUGGACUGGGAAUCUGCAUACAUGCAAAUGUGGCUGAAAUGUAGCUGCUUGAUAGCAAGAUAACAUUUGGAGAGGGAGAGCCCAUUAAAGUCCAGGAGUCUGUUGCUAGCUUGUUAACUUGGAGAGAAUGGAGGAGAAAGGGCUGAGCCAAAACAACUAGCCUUGUUUUGGGGGGAGUGUUGAAAAGCACCUCCCACUGGCACCAACUGUCUGUGUGGCACAAACACCUCUGCUUUGUUUUCCUCCUCUUUUGCGCAGCGUUAGUUUUCUCCCCUUCUUUGUCUUCACUGUCCAUGGCUUCAUUUCCCCCAUACUGCCAUUUAAUCCAGCUGUGACCAAUGUGAUUUUUGUGGGGGACAUCACAGUGCUAUGUUCAACAUGAUGAUGUCACAGAGGCUGGAUACAUGAUGUGAGCCGCCACAGCCAAUUGGAUUCAGUGGCAACCUGAGCAGAUGAAGCCCAGGGGAGUCAGGGCAAAGGAGGACAAUGGUGCCCAGCAGAAGCCGGGGGCAAAAGAACACUGAGCAGCCUCUCAGCACAGCCUGAAUGAGUCUCUUGCCAUUCUCUUUGGCUAUGUUGGGCAUGCUACUUUCAAAGCAAACUCGGCACAGCCCUAGCAGUUUCAGAGGCAGAGGGAUGACCAAUCUGUGGGGAAGGUCUCUUGUGCCAGUCUGUUGCAGUGACUGAGAACUGUGCAAGAGGAGGUUGGUGCUCCCAUUUGUUUCAAGGGGCUUUGCACGAGUGGCAAAUUCUCCUGCAUGUGAAGAGUGAAAAAUCCCCACUUGGAAAGGGUGAAGCCAUUUCCCCUGUUUCGCUGCAAAGAUCCAAAUUUUGGCCUUUGGAGUUUUGCUGUAUGCUCAGCUUUGCAGUCAAACAUGGUUGCCUGAGUGCCCUGUUCCAGAGCCACGAGGCUCAUUCGGCAAGAAGCCAGUGCCUCUGAGAUUCACCAUUGUGCAAAUGCUGCCCAGUGCCACAGAUCUAGGAUCGGGGCUGGAAAGAAUGUCCCGGGCAGGGUGUAGCUUGCUUGACAGGCCUGAGCCCUGGUCCCUCUUCUCCUUGGAAAUGAACCACUGCAUGCGUGUUGCCCUUCUUAAUCCCCAUUUGCACUCGCUCUCAGGCGUACACCUUAAGAUGCACGUCUUAAAAUUGUAAUGUUGCAAGCGGCUCUUCUUGCAGAACAACUCUGGGUUUAUUUUAGAACUUUUGCUUCAGCUUCAUUUCUUCUCUCUAGAGGUUCCAAAAUUGAUUGCUGAUGCUUAUUGCGAUAAAUCAGACCUUUCCUUCAAGCACACAGAAAGGUGUCGCGGGAAGGGGGAGCCCAGCUGGUCACUGGGGUGGCAGCAGUAUUUUUAGGGGCACCCAGGAGGUAGCCCACAAUUUGAGGCAUAUCUGACGCUGCCUCAUACUGAGUCCGACCAUUGGGCAGCCCAUCCCAGGAUGGUCUACUCUGCUUGGCAGCAGCUCCAGGUCUCAGACGAGGAAGGAUCUUUUCCAUCACCACCCACCUGACCUUUUAACUGGAGAUGCUGCCAGGGACCCAACCUGGAACUUUCUUCAUGCAAAGCGGGUGCCCCUGGGCUGUAAAAAAGGUGUGGGGUUGGCCCAAGUGGGGAGCAGGUGAGGACGGGGAGGGAGAGAAAGAGGAGCUCUGAAAUUCCAGACAUCCUAUUACAUGUUUCAGUCAAAAGAUUUGGUGAUUUGUUGGAGACCAGCUGCCUUUCUAGACGACCAGUGAUGGAGGGGGGAGGGAAGGAAAUGUAAGAGGCAUACAUCUAUCAAUGUUAUAUAUCUAUCUAUCUGUAUACGUGUGUGUAUUGUAUCUAGGCAAGAAUAGCUCAUGUUUGAUUUACCAUUCCUAACUAAUAUAACUUGACUAAAAAGAAUAUUAAAAUGUUACUGCAGUGGGAUUGCAGGAUGAAAGCACUUUCGAGUCUCAGAAUAUGUGUUUGUCUUGUGUUCUUUUUAUUUCUUAGCACAGUCCAAAUUUGCUAUAUUAUUUUAUACACAAAGGUGGUGUUUUUGUAUUGUUCUGAGUUUAUAAACUAUUAUUAUUAUUAUUAUUAUUUUAUUGUUAUAAGUACUAUUUUUGUUAUAAUUCAAAAUAGAUAUUUAGUAUAAAAAGGGUUUGCUGUUAAAUAUUUGUUAUUUAGUAAAGUAUGAAUUAUCCCACCCACCCCCUCAGUUUCCUCCUUUAUUGUAAAUCUUGUCUGGAAAGAAAAUUAAUUAAUAUGUGUUAUCAGCAUGGAGUACAGCUGAGCAGGAAGGUUUCCUGCAAAAGCCUCCUGGGGGAUGGGACGUGCUCUUGCACAGCUUCCCUUGAAUGCAGCCAAGCUUGUGCAGGAGCCCUUCUUGCUCGAUGCGCCUGUUCGUUUCUAAUAUGAAGAGAAGUCAGCGCCUGUCCGGCGGGGUGUAUUUUGGUGCCGUGUGAAGAUGUGCUUUUGGUCAUGUGGUUUCCAGUGUGUAUAUAAUCUUGGGGCCAGUCCACAAGGAAGCCCGCUCAUGCACGCGCCGCUGAAAGGGGGGUGGCAAGGGGAGGUGGGCAGCCGUGCCCAGGGGCUCUUGCAGGCCUCCUGCUUGGCUUCAGUGGGGCUCACAUGUGAGCACAUCUGGGUGGGGCUACAUCCAUGAUGUGCUGAAUAAAUGAAUGUUGUGUACUUGGUGAUCUUAUAAAGAAAAUAAUCAAUGUGGCUAUUUUAUAGACUUCCAUAAUAAAAAAAAAUUGAAUCUCCA